GAAUCACAACAACUGGAGCGAAAGGGGCUCGUGCUCCUUUGCUUACGAAAUGACAUGAACGACUGCGAGGACGCCACAUGUGUGCGCGCGCACUCUGACUCAAGCGUGAGCCCCGCUUGAGCGGCAGCGGUCACACGUCAAACCUCAGCGACCCGCGCGUGCUCUCCUGCGGAUUAGGGUUUGUCAGAUUUUGGUUUUGACCCACCGAGCAGGAGGGCGCUCGCGCUCCACCGCUGUCGCGCACGCACCCUCUGACGCCGUCACGCGGAUUUAAUCUGUGCAUCCUCGCAGAGCGCCAGCUCCGGUCCGGUCGGUUCGGUUCUGCGGAGGGGAGGGCAGGUGAACGGCGCCGGACUCCUGUCAGAAGAACCGGGGCGGCACAUCCAUCCCUCCCUCGUCUCCAGCGGGAGGCCGGCAGGAUGUAGCGGCGGAUUAACGGAGGAGAGAGGGGCGGCAGAGGAAGAGAGCUGGACCGCGCGGACCGGGGCGGGACGGACGGGACAUGGGGAAGGACCAGGAGCUGCUCCAGGCCGUGAAGACCGAGGACUUGCUAACAGCCCAGCGGCUUCUGCAGAGACCGCGGCCAGGAAAAGCCAAGCUCCUCGGAGCAACAAAGCGGAUCAACGUAAACAUCCAGGAUGCAGACGGGCUGUCACCGUUGCACCAUGCGGCUCUGAGCGGCAACAAGGAGCUGAUCUCUCUGCUGUUGGAGGCCCAGGCAGCAGUGGACAUUAAAGACCAUAAAGGAAUGCGCCCUCUGCAUUACGCUGCAUGGCAGGGAAAGACUGAGCCAAUGAAAAUGCUGCUGAAGGCAGGCUCAUCAGUCAACGGGCCGUCAGAUGAAGGACAGAUCCCUCUCCACCUGUCAGCUCAGCAUGGACACUACGAUGGGUCAGAGAUGUUGCUGCAACACCAGUCCAACCCUUGCAUCUCAGACUCUGCCGGGAAAACCCCACUGGACCUCGCUUGUGAAUUUGGGCGAGUUGGAGUCGUCCAGCUCCUCCUCAGCAGCAACAUGUGUGCAGCCAUGCUGGAACCCAAACCCUCCGACCCCAAUGGCGUGUCGCCUCUGCACCUCGCCGCCAAAAACGGACACAUAGACGUUAUAAGGUUGCUCAUUCAGGCUGGCAUAGAUAUCAACAGACAGUCAGAGUGUGGCACCGCUCUGCAUCAGGCUGCCCUCUGUGGGAAGACAGAGGUAGUGCGCCUGCUGCUGGAUAGUGGCAUCAGUGCCGGAGUGAGGAACACUCUGAGUCAGACAGCUCUGGACAUCGUUAACCAGUUUACCACCACACAAGCCAGCCGGGAGAUCAAACAGCUACUGAGAGAUGCAUCAGCUGCAAUGCAGGUCCGAGCCCUUAAAGACUACUGCAACAACUACGACCUUACCAGCCUCAACAUCAAAGCUGGAGACAUUAUCACGGUCUUGGAGCAGCACUCUGACGGCCGGUGGAAAGGCUGCAUUCAUGACAACCGCACAGGAAAUGACCGUGUGGGCUACUUCCCCUCUAAUAUGGUGGAAGUCAUCAAAAGGGCAGGUGACCACCCACAUCACAGCUGUCACUCCCCAUCCCACCAGUGCCACACCCUCCUGCUCCGCAGGCCAAACCCCUGUCCCAUUGCCUCGGUUAACGGGAACUCAUACCCCCCCACCAAAGUCCUCCCAUUGCACCUGCCUCAUCCUCCUCCUCCCCUCCAUCUCAACGCACAGUCCCUCCCUCGCUUCUCCUCAUUUGGGUAUGUCCCUCUGCCCAUCUCUCCUCCUGCUCUGUCUACUCCUCCUCUGUCCUCUUCUCCUCCUCUCUCCACUUCUCAGGAGCAGCAGAGUCAGACAGGUUCUAGGACUGCAGAGCUGAGUCCUCAGGGUUCUCCCACUUUGGGACACCAUAGCAGCACCACUGAGGACAUCUGGGUGCUGCGCAAGCCGCUGGCAGGUGGAGAGCGCAGCGGCAGCGUGGGGAGUCUCGGCAGUGUCCGAUCCUCGAGCAGCUUACAGAGCUCUGGAAACACGCAUGUGCUAACCACACCCGCGCCGAGUCCUCACCCCGCUCCCACAACAGGGCUCAACACUCACGGCCUUAACGCACCGGGUCUGCACGCACAGGCAGAAGGAGUCAAGCUCCUGGCCACGGUGCUGUCCCAGUCGAUGAAAGCCAAGGAGCAUCUCUUGGAGCAGUCACAGUCUGUGGAGCAGUCAGCAAGCUCGUCUAGCAGCAAAAUUCACGAGCAGCGGUCGUUUGAGCGAAAGGCAGAAGAGGAUGAUGGGAAAAAACAGGCGGUGGUGGCGUGGCUGGGUGAGUUUCAGCUGCAGUUCUACACCACCCACUUCCUCACUGCGGGAUAUGAUCUAGACACCAUUAGCUGCAUGACCCCCGAGGACCUGACGGCGAUUGGAGUCAUGAAGCCUGGACAUCGAAAGAAGUUAACAUCAGAGAUUAGCAAGCUGCCCUCCACGGACUGGCUGCCAGACCACAAACCGGCAAAUCUGGCAGAAUGGCUGUCUCACCUUGGUCUCAGUCAGUACUACCAAGUUCUUGUGCAGAAUGGGUAUGAAAACAUUGACUUUGUCUCGGACAUCAGCCUUGAAGAUCUGCAAGAGAUCGGCAUCACAAAGCUCGGACAUCAAAAGAAGAUGAUGUUGGGCGUAAAAAGGCUGAAAGGUUUGCAGAGAGGAGAAAGCGGCUCAGAUCCUCCUCAAAGUCCAUCUUCAUCUCCAUCCAGCCCAGGAGGCAGCAGCACCUCCUCUGAGCCUCGUAAGGAGGCAAGGAGACAGAGGGAGGGUGCCCCCAGCCCCCUGGCCAAAAAUCACCCAGGUGUAAUGCACUCACAAACCCCACCCCACACCCCGACGCAGACCCCACCACAGACCCCUCCACAUCUCCGCACCCAGCAGGCUUCUCCAAGGGCUCGGCCGCGACCUUCCACCCAUUCGCCUGCAGUGGAUGCAUCGGUGCCGCUGCUGCGGCUGCCUUGCGAGGAGGAGGAGCGACGGAGGACUCACAGUCUCAUUGGCUCGGAGUCUGACUCUAAAUAUGCCACUGUGUGCCGCAGCAGCUCAACGCACGCCGCCGCCUCCAACGAUGUCACUGUCAACCGCAGCCAGUCAUCCGUCACACUCCGCCCCCGUCGCAAAGGCCGGCCCCCGACUCCACCCAAGCGGUCCUGUUCUUCCAUUACCGGGGGCGACGGUGAGGGGGACGGACAUGUGGAAGGGCUGCUAGGGCUUCCAACCUAUCGAGAGCGCCGAGCGAGUGAUGGCGGCAGCUUGGGAGCCGCUUUAAGAAGUCAGGGCUCCGCUGGCUUGGAAAGGUCAGAGGGCCCAUCUGGGAGCGUUCGCAGCCUCGCAGCUAUGCUGGAAACAUCCAUUGUCCAAAAGAAUGUGGGGAGUGGCAGCAGCUACUUACAGGUUAGUCCACCACAACUCCGUCGACAGGCGGGCGCAGGAGGCCUUGGAUCAGAGGAUGAUAGCGUUGUGAGUCGGCGUAGGACCAUCAGUGGUCUGGAGAGUCUACCCAGUGAUCAGACUGAGCAUUCGCCCCAGCAACCAGUCCAGCAUCGUCCAGAGCCUCGCCCCCGCUCCAUCGUAGCCACCUCGAUCACCGAGAACGCAGACGGCACCGCUACGCUCAAAAAGAAACAUCGUCCUGUUCCAACCCAAGUCGAAGCGCCUACAUCCACUGCAACCACUGUCGUUACCAUGACAACUGGCUCUGACACAAUACGCAGAAAACCACGCACAUCCGAGCAAGCAGAGCGGGUCGCCCAGAGCAGCAAUCUGUUAAAUUCUCCUGACAGUGGGAGGAAACAAGCCGCCGAGCCUCAACAGAACGGAGGUGUGGUGCUGAGGCGGAGGCCUGUAUCUGAGGCCACUGAGAGGACGGAGGCCACCAAAGAGAGCUGCGAGUGGAUGGAGGCCAGGAAGUCUCUGAAGCCACCUGUCUCACCCAAACCUUCUGCAGUCAACCUGAAGAAGGCUGAUCCUCCAACUCCAACACGCAGAGUUCCCAUACCGGGACCUGACACUCCUGAGGUGGCACAGAGUCCAGAGACAAAGCGCGUUCCUCCCCCUGUGUCCCCGAAACCACGUGGGCCUCCAACAGCACCUAAACCAGGAAAACCAGCGGUAGGCUCCGUGAGUUCAAGUCCCGCUGCUACGAGCCCGGCUGCAGCCAGCCCCACUCCAGCACACAAACCUCCCUCUCCUUCAACUGCUGCCCCACUUCCAGCCCCUGACAUCCCCUCUGCCCUGUCCCUCUCUCCUGGGGUCAUUCCCACUUCUCCCUCCCCGGCUCAGAGUCCUUCCACUCCUUCGCCGCAUCCUGUCAAGCCUCCUCGUUCUUCCAUUGCUGGUCUGUCUAUCGACCUGCUGGGAGGGCGAGAGGCAGAGGAGGAGGAGGAGAGGAGGAAAGAAAAGGAUCAUAAGACGCAAGCACAAGAGGAGGAGAGGAAGAAAUCAGUGGAUGAGAGCCCGGCAGUGGAGAGGAGGCCGUCGAAGGUUGAAGGAGCAAGAGAAGUUAAAGAAAGUCAAGAAGAGGAGAGCGAGCAGGAGGGAGAGGCUGAGCACCGGUUGGAGGAGACCAGUGCCUCCUUAGCUGCAGCUCUGCAAGCUGUAGAGCAUCAAAUCAAAGAGGAGGACAAGCAAAAUGACUCCCUUUCUGACAAAAAAGCCUCCGCCUCCAUUCUGGACGACAUCGGCAGCAUGUUUGACGACUUGGCAGAUCAGCUGGAUGCGAUGCUGGACUGAUGUGUGAUAUUUCUACCAAGCUCCUCGUCCCCCAUCAUCUGUAGGUGUAAGAAGAAAACAACGCUGAGAGCGCACGUUGGAGUCUGCAUCCUUGUGUUUUUUUGUUUUGUUUUUUUUUGCAAGUGCUUCCUAAGUAGCCUUGUGCAGAACUGAGGAUGGAGUUCCUCUCUGUCUGGUGGAGUAGCUCCAGCUGCAACCUCCUCCUGCUGCUGCCGUGAGGAGGCCACUCCCACACAACUUCUAACCUCUGCUGCCCAGCGUGUCACCGCCGCCCAGCCUCACAGCAGCUGUGUGGACCCAGAAGCACAAUUAUUUUGCUCAUCUUUUUAUUCCAGCUGACUCUGACAGACGCAAAUGGAGACAGUCCAAGCGUAUCGCUUGCAAAAAAAUAAGCACAUUAUUUAUCUGACAAACUAAUAAGCAGCCAGAUAGAUGAAAAAAAAGCAAUCUACUGAGAUGCUGGGGUGAAAAAAAAUCAAUACCACACAGAAAGAGGCUGUUUUCUAGGUUUGUCUCACUCCAGAUGAAUUGUAACCUCUCUGUCUCCUCUGUAUGAGUGGAGCUUUGUGGUUAGCUGAACUUCCUGACUCGUGCGUUGUUUCUGUUGUUGCUGUUGCUGAUCUUGUUGUUGUUUCGAGUGUGUACUCCUUGCUCAAUGUCCUCUCAUUCAUACAGUAGUGGCUCUAAAGAUCUGAUCUAAAAGAAAAAAAAUAUUUAAAAAAUUGCCAAGAGUUUUAAACACACAGACAUGAACUUCCCAUCUUUAAAUGCUGCUGCCGGUUGGCUUUGUUGGUGUCCGGCUCUGGUUAUGAGCCGUGGAAAGGAUUCUUGAUGCACACACAACAAAUACUGACAUCCACCCACAUUUGUGCAAGCACACCUAUGCAGUAUAUCUCUUUGUCCCGCUGCAGUGAAGUGUUUUUAAAAGAUACCCCUGACCUUCAAUGCUUUCUAUAGUACAGUUUAUAAAACUAUAUAACAGGUUACAGCUCCCUCUAGUGUCUCCCAAUGAAACUGCAUUCAGUCCACUCACCCUCUGUCUUUUUCUCUUGUGUUUUGUCUCAUUAACUCUACAAAUCUCUGUGCCUUUGUAGUGUUUUUCAUAUGUCCUUUUUUAUUGAGUCUACGAUGUUUAGGAGUUUUUAUUGUCUCCUUUAAGCCCUUUUGUGUCUGGAACCUCAAAAGUAGCUUUUAAGUUAAGCUAGGAGUCCCUUUCUGAUCUCUAAAAAUCAAAGUGCGUGUCCUCCUGUAAACGUAGAAAGGCCGUGUAUUAGCCCAUUAAAGCUGUACGACGCUGGCUCCACUCCUCAAGUUCUCAGUGUUUCCCCUCAUCUAUGACAAACUGUGGAUCGAACCCCAGUCUUCAUCCCAGUGGAGAGUCGACUUGUAUUUUUAUGCUCUUUGAAAAAAACAAAGAUAUAUUUGAGUGACAGAUGAUUAUAUGUGAAUAACAAUGUUGAUGAGGACAAUUCUACAUGUUGAUUGGAGCUGAAUGGAUUUAGCUUGUACAUUUCUGGUUGAGCUGUGACGGCUGUUGUGCCGUGGUUGGGUUUAGGUUGUGUUUAUGCUGUGAUGAUGCAUUCCUGUACAGCUGUGAUCAGAAUAAAUGUAUAAUUAAAUCUUGCAA